CAAGUUCAAGAAUGAAUAGAUUGGUAUUAUACAUAUUGCAUGUACGGAGUAGUCCGUGACACGUCGCCUCAUCCUCCUAUGGGACAUCCGAUCGACGGGCACCUCGCAGCGAAUCAUAAUCACGAAGGCAAGCCGACGGAUUUGGCUGCCCACUCGAACCUGCUACUUCAUCUCCCGGCCAAAAAUACGACAGACGUGCCUUCAUCGACGUCGAGCGUCCUCGAACUGGCACCGCGACAGCCCACACAAGGAUAAGGGAUGAGAGAGACGCAGAGAAGACUCACCAUACCGGCAUUUACCCUCCACCACUCGUUGCAAAGUCAGAUCCCACAGACCCUUGUGUAACCGGCCAUUGGGUGACUUGCUGAUGCGGCAUCCAGACGGGAGAGUACGGCUAGUAGCGGCAAGCGUGACGAGGAGACGGGAGGUACGGUGCGUUGCGAAAGAGCACAACAGUCGCAUACAGAUAUCAGCUGUACAACGCUUCGCGGCGUUGCUUCGCGGGAAUCGCCCACUCCGAGUCAAGCAGGAAGAGACGAUGCGAGGGCGGAUUACUAGAGCUGAUGUGUAGCGACCAUAGAGGGACGACCUUAGUGCAGCGCAGAAGGGCGCUAGUAAGUCUCGA